CAGAGAGGAGGCUGUGGCCGAGCAGCAGCUGCAUGGGCGCAGAUCCAUCCGGCUCAUCCAUCAAUCUCUGCACGAUCGGUUCUGUUCCUCCGCUCCCCCCUCUGGGCUUGGUGGGGAACCCGGCACAAAGCCCCCACAAGCCUGAAUGUGUGGAGGAUCUAAGCUGCUGCCAGACACCCGAGAGGGGAUGUAACCCGCACAGGAGAGGAUUAAGUGGAUGUCGGAUGGUGCAUCUUCUUCUUGUUCUGCAGCGGCGGCUCUGAGGCUCCGGGUCACGGCACGUUUCGCACUUCUCUCGGUAAUAUUUCUUAUCUGCGGCAUCCGGCUCCGGUGGAUGAGUCUGCAUAGACUCCAGGCUGUCCUCUGUGUGGAGUUUACAAGAAUGAUCGCAACAAAGACAUUUCCCUUUCUUCCCUGUUAAUAUUUAAAUUCAUUUUGUAUUGUUUUGCUGAUUUUCUGCUGUGAUCGUGAUAUGAAGACGCUGCCCCUGAGGCUGCAAAAGAAAUUGAAUUCUCACUGCUAAGAAGAAGGAAAAAAUCCAGAUUAAUAAGACACGGAGGCUUCUUCUUCAGACCCCAGCUCUGUCUUCUAGAAAGACCCCUUGUACUGCUCAUUUCUCUUCUGUCCUGGAACAUACUUGUUGUUAUUCUUAUUAUUAAUAUUAUUAUUAUUAUUUAUGGUUUAUUUGACACUUGGAUUAAUGGUACCAACUUCAAGUCCACAUGACACUUAAGAAAAAUUGAUGGUCCCUAAAGACAGAAUUUCAUUUCAACUCUUUGUAUGCUCAUUCCCAUCCCACUGGUUUUUGUCGGAAGAUUAAAGGAAUAUUUCUCAAGACCUUAUGGCUUGGAUUGAGUUUUAGAGUCCUACAAAGACUUUAUUAUUAUUUUUUUUCCUGGAUCAAAGGCAGCAAAGCAGGGGAAAAAAAAGAAGAUUUAUGUGUGACCAUCUGCCUAGGUGACCAUAAGUCCCCGUAACCAUGUUGGCCUGUCUUCAAAGAACCCAGAAUCCUCCAGUAAAGCACCUUGUAUGUUCAAACAAGGGUCUGGAGCCUCGAAAGUGUGAAACUACUACACCAGUACAGACCACAAGAUACCCAAGCCCUGCUGAACUAGAUGCCUACGCACAAAAAGUAGCAAACAGCCCACUGACUAUCAAGAUCUUCCCCACCAACAUCAGGGUUCCUCAGCACAAGCACCUAAAUAGGACUGUAAAUGGCUAUGACACAACAGGCCAGCGUUAUAGCCCUUACCCAAUACACACAACUGGCUACCAAGGCCUUCUUGCUAUUGUUAAAUCUUCUAGCAAAAGUGUGGUAAAGAAUGUAGAGGGAAAACGAACUAAAAUUUCUUCUGCACAGGUUGGUGUUGCUCCCUACCCAAUGUCAAGCACUUUAACACAAGGCCAACCUUGCAACGGACAGUUGAGUUAUAUUACAAAUCAGAAACAGAUGGAUGCACCAGUGCCACCCAAUGUGACAGUGGCAACUUCAGUCAUUCCUUUAGGUAGAAAUUUAACACUCCAGCAGUCCAACUUACCCUCUAUUCAAAGCAUCAUUUACCAGAUCAACCAACAGUGCCAGGCUCAGGCUUCUCACCAAGCUUGUCAUGGUUUGGUAGUUGCUAACUCCAGCCCAGCUAAGCAGGGAAUGACCGGAGGAUUUACUGCUAUGACCGGUGGCACUGUGGCAUAUACCGGGACUGUCCUACAAGACUGUAGGUCUGGCACAGAGUUGGCAUUGGGGUCUGCCCCAGUGGUGGCCAAAGCUGGAUCCUACCAGGAUGGCAUGGACUACCUUAUUUGGCAACAGAAACAGCAGCAACAACUCCGGAUAUACAGUAGUGGCAGUGGUGGAGGAGGAGCAGUCAGCAAGUCACCUGAAGUCUGCCCGGGAGUGUCUCGCCCUUAUAUGCUUGCUAGUGCCGUUGAGAAAGUCAGCUCCUCCCCACUGAACUGUGUUGGAAUGCAUGGCAACUUCUCUGUUGGUCAAUACUUUGCCCCUCCAUGGAACAGUAUCUUGGUCACACCCAACAGUGACUGUUACAAUCCACAGGAACUUGCCAAUGGUCACAGGGAUUUGGGGGUGCAUCCAUCAGAUGGACUAACCAGCAUUCCCAGCAAGACCCUUUGCAAUACCUCUAUUCUUAGCAGUAGCCUUCAGUCUUUGGAGUAUCUCAUCAAUGACAUUCACCCACCCUGUAUUAAGGAGCAGAUGCUUGGCAAGGGUUAUGAAACAGUGUCUGUGCCAAGACUUCUUGAUCAUCAGCAUGCCCACAUCCGCCUGCCCAUUUACAGAUAAAGUUUUUUCCUCUUUUCCAUGUAAAGGUGGCCAACACUGGUUCAGUACACUAGAUAAUGCUACUUAGCCAUAAGAAGGCAUGUUUUAUCAGUGCAGAGGGCAGAGGUGACGCUAGCCAUCCUUCACUCCUUUGCAGUCUGAGUGCUUAGGAGAGUCCUGGCAGCAAAAAGGUUUUCAUUUUUCUGCUCUGGUUAUGCUGCCUAUGCUCCUGCACUUUAUAUUAUCUUGCAAGUAAAUGGAAAAGAAUGGUUCAGUUCAAAUGCAGGUUCUUUAUUCCAUGUCUUAUGUUGUUACAAUGGAAGAGAUAUUGGUUGUACCUGUACUGAAUGCAAAUGUAAUGCUCUGGCUUCUUUUAAUGCUGAUUUCAUGUAAUCAUUGACAUCUUGAUUUUUUUUUUCUUUAAAAUCUCAAAAGUUGUCUGAAUGCAGCAUCAUUUCUCACCAUUGUGGCACAAGAAGAAGGGUAGGCAUAGAAUAGGUACUUUUAUUAUUUUAUCUGGGAUAAUUUUUUUUUUCUUAUGUUCUUUCUGUAACCCCUUCACUGCCAACUAUCCUGACCUCAUUGUGACAAGGCUUUAUUUUUUAAUAAGCAAGGUAUCAAUUUUAAAAUGAAUGUGAAUCCUUAAUUAAUUUCACAUGUAACAUUCAUCGCUGUUACUUGGUCAGCUUAUGUUCACAGGAGCCUAAAGUCACUUGAAGAUUUUGCAUCAAGACUCAAAGUAACACAAGAUAGGCCUGCUAGUACAAUUUAGUUACCUUGUCUGAGAAUCUCUUUGUUCCGCAUAUAGUUAUGGGCAAGGACUAUAUUACAUGUUACACAGUUACGGAAAGCUAAAUGUAGUAGUAACGUGACUUGUUCACAAGUAAUAUAAAAGUCAUUAAGUAGCUAACCAAUAAUGUAAACUGUUAUAUCACAAAAUGUUAGGUCAGCGGUUCAAUGGCGUCCUGUGAGAACUAUGGUAAGAAAUGCCACAUCUAAAAUACCAGCUCUCAUGGUGUCCUCUGUUUCCAGUGGAUUAUACUGUACUGUCUAUGAACAACCCAAAUCUACAUACCAAUAUGGCAGUCGCUGCUCAAUGUAUAAAUACAAUCAUAAAGAUUCCAGUAUAAUAGAAAGACUUGAGUUGACCCCUCUCUGAGAGCUUGCAUUUGGCACAUUUUAGGUACAAGAUGAGCACAUGUCUUAUUAGAAUUGGUAAGAUUUCUUGCAGCUUAGAAAUGCCAGAAGUGAGUGCACCACUAUGAGCUGAACACAUGAUGCACUCGGGCCAAUGGAAGACAAUUAGAAAAUGCUGGAAAAAAGAACAUUAGUGCCUUGAAUACUUAGAGUAACUCCCAUUACAGUGGUCCAUCAAGUUAUAGUAUUACAUCCAAACCUCUUUGAGAAGACCACCUGAAAUUGCUCUGAAAUGUGGUCUUCUAUGGUGUCGUCUUCUUAAAGAAAAUGGCCACUAUAAAUAAUGUAUGGUGGACUUAAAAAAAAUCCAUCUCAUGAAAUCAGGUCUGGAUAAGGGGGUGCUCUUCUCAAACUGGAUAGAUGUAUUUGGAUCCUGGACAACUAAAACCAUUGUAUUAUGAGACCAUUUUAUCCAAAAGAAAUGUCAUUCCGAAAUAAGAAAAAAUAUUUAUGAAGAAUGACUAGAUAACUAAUGCAGAUAAAGUCCGUACAUAAAAGUCAGAAACAGCUGCUUAAGACUAAAAAUAACUUUAAGCAUAGAGAGCAGAAGCUUGUUCAGGGUCCUGUACAGAUCUGAUUGGUCAAAUCUUCCAGCCAUUCACAUGUGCUGUGGAUCCAGACUAUGUCUGUAGCAUUGUAUGUUGAGUAUGGUCCAGGAAAGACCAUUAUUUGUUGAAACCCCUGUAACCUUAGGCCAUUGUAACUUGAGGGGCCACUGUAUAAUUAUAUAAUUAUUUUCAUAACAUUCAAAUGCUUAUUUAGCCCAUGUUUAGUUAUUUCAUUUAAUUUCAACAGAGAGAAGAGAAAGCCCUGCCUGAUACUCCUGACAAUGGCUGAUUCUGCCCAAGAACAAAAUAUCGGUCAUGUUUACAGUAAAAUGUCCAAUCCCUCAUUCCCCUGAUAUCUGCCAUUGGUAGAUCCAUAGAGAUCCCAUACAGACAAGAUUGUCAUCUGAUCCUACAUCAAAAGGUUUUAUCUCAAAUGUAUAGCUGGCUUCACAGUCUCAUCUUACUCCUGGUUAUACAAACUUUACAUUUUGUGACAUCAUAACAUGUUGCAGUCAUGUGAUUCAUCAACAUCAACGUGAAUGCUAAGAAUCUUAUAGACAAAUCUAUCUGACCACAACAGUUAUGAAUUUGGUCUGCGUGAGUCACGACAGUAGUUGUAGUUCAACUAUCAUGUUUUUAUAACAUAUAGGUCAAUUUUGGAACUUAACCCCAUUUACAUUCAUACAACUCAUUCCGGCAUACAGCAAUCUCUGGAAAUGUUUCUACUCAAUCCAUAAUUAUUGGAGAAAACCUUAACCCUUUGUGCAUUCGACAGAAGUACACUUUAGUACAAUUUCUUAAUGUGGUUCUUUAUAUCUAUUUUUCAUAAGUAUGAUUUCAAUACCUCCCAUUUCCAAGGGCAUGGAUUAAAGAACAAGGCAAAGCCAACUAACCCCAGGAGAGGGGGAGAUAAUGACCUAGUCCUAGUUUCAAAUACUUAUCUUAUUUCUUUAAAGCAAAUUGGUAAAAAUAGUCUUCAGUGAAAAAAAAAAGCGUCUUGAUCAUUAUCUUUCUACCGACCUAAUUGAUUUUUUUUCAAUCUAAUUUAGCUGCCUAACUUACCCACAAUGCGUUUCAGGUGUCUGUGGCAGUGAAAGGAUUCAUUUAUUUAUACAUUUUUAUUGUGACAUUUUACCAUGUUUCCACUGGAUCUGUGAUGCUUUUUGCCCAGUAAAUUCAAACGUUUAACUACAGAAAUAUGUGCAAAGAAUGUGAAUGAGGGUUAAAGCUUCAUAGUUGCUGCUAUUUUGGAAACAAAUGAAAAAAAAAUACAUUUCUUUUUUUUUUUUUUUUUGCUCAAAAAAAAGUCAUAAAAAUAUAUGUAUUACCCAAAAAAAUUUGUAUAAUCUUACCAAUGUCACAUUACUGAUUAAAAAAAGAAAAAAAGAUCAUUUUGAUUCUGUCAGUGUUUUGGCAGAAAAAAUGGGAUAAUUAAACAAAAAUUGUUAACGUAAAUUUCAUUCUUUUCUAUCUGUUUUUUUUAGUCCAUUACUUGCACUAGUAAAAAAAAGGUAGAAGUAAACAACGAAUGCAGGAGGAUAUUUAAAAUACACACAAUAAUUAAAAAAAAAAAAAACUUGAAAACUUGAAUAUAAUUUUUGUAGUGUGAUAAUAUUGUAUAAUUUACUUGUUGGCUGCUAUACAAAAAAAAUACUGAAAACAUUUCCUCAUAUCCCAUGCUUUCUAUGCUUGAAAAUAGACUUCAUACUAUUGAUUUUUAUCUUUCUUUUUUCAGUAUCUUUUUUUAUUUUCAGUCGUUGUACGCUUUUGUUUCAGGCAGACAAGAAGGAAUUGAGAAGGUGGUGGUGCUUAGCAUUUGUGAUCUGUGAAUUUGGAUCUCUUUUGGCAUUUAAAUAACAUUUUUACACCCACCAAUUACCAGUCUUUCCACUGUAUAUGCUCAGUGUUCAGCGGGAAUAUUUUAGAGAUUGCAGAUUUCAGUCAUGUUUGCAUCCCACAUCCUCUAAGCUGGAUGGAAAAAUUGUAAUUAGAUUUAAGCAGCACAGGAUAGAAGGAGAACACUGAGCUCGGGGAUAUAUAGUUUUAUAUGAUUUGAUUCAGUAUUUCAUUAAAAAAAACUUCCUAUGCUGCAAGUACUCAUGGAGAAAGUCUGUGAGUAGAGAUGAGGGAAUCAAUUCAACCUGAAUUUUGCAAAACAAAUCUUAUUCGUUAGAUCCUGAACUUUUUGCGUAGAACUUUCAGUGGGCAAAUGGGGCAAUAAGAACCCAAAACAUUUUUUAGGAGGAUGUGUUUAUCUCUCUGUUUGAGUCCUGUUUUCCCACUCAUAGUAAGCUUUCUAUACGUGUGUGUAUAGGGAGGAUUCUCAGUCAAUCACUGUGGUGUGGGUGUACUAAGCAUGAAUACUGGCAGCAUUAAAGCGGUUGUUUCAUUAGGACUACCCUUGUCCAUAAACCCUUUAAGGGUACUUUCACACGUAUGCAGAUUUGAUGCACAGGAUUUUCUGCUGCAGAUUUAAAUGUAAACUAAAUGACUGAGCACAGCUUCUAAUCUGCAGUUACAAAUCCUGCGCAUCAAAUCUGUGCAGCAUCCUGUAUGUGUGAACGUUCCCUAAGGGCAAAUGGGCAUCACAGAGGAGACUUCCUCUCUUGGGAGCCCCCUUCAAUGGGCAGAAACAGAGAACUCCAGCUUAGAGUCUUAGUUUAGAGUCAGUUUUGCUUAAAGGAGAACUCCAGAAUAGGAAAAUGAUCGUCCAUACUGCCGGCAGUAA